UGGGUCAUGAAACUUAAUCCACAACAAGCUCCAUUAUAUGGCGAUUGUGUUGUUACCGUGGUGCUCACUGAAGAGGAUAAAGUUGAAGAUGAUGUAGUUUUUUACUUGGUGUUUUCGGGUUCCACCCUCCAUCACUGCACAAGUACUCGGAAGGUCAGCUCGGAUACGCUGGAGACCAUCGCCCCUGGUCACGACUGCUGCGAGACGGUGAAGGUGCAGCUCUGUGCUUCCAAGGAGGGGCUGCCCGUGUUUGUGGUGGCUGAGGAAGACUUCCACUUCAUCCAGGACGAAGCCUACGAUGCAGCCCAGUUCCUGGCAACCAGCGCUGGCAACCAGCAGGCUCUGAACUUCACCCGUUUUCUUGACCGAUCGGGACCCCCGUCCGGGGAUGUGAAUUCCCUGGAUGAGAAGGUUGCGCUAGCAUUCAGACACCUGAAACUUCCAGCAGAGUGGAAUGUGUUGGGGACAGACCAGACUUUGCAUGAUGGUGGCCCCCGGGAGACACUGAUGCAUUUUGCUGUGCGGCUGGGACUGCUGAGGCUGACGUGGUUCCUGUUGCAGAAGCCGGGUGGCCGAGGAGCUCUCAGCAUCCACAACCAGGAAGGGGCGACACCUGCGACCCUGGCCUUGGAACGAGGUUAUCACAAGCUGCACCAGCUUCUAACCGAGGAAAAUGCUGGGGAACCAGAGUCCUGGAGCAGUUUAUCCUAUGAAAUACCUUACGGAGACUGUUCUGUGAGGCACCAUCGGGAGUUGGACGUCUACACGUUAACUUCGGAGUCGGAACCUCACCAUGCGCCCCCAUCUCCUGGCGACAGCUGCACUGGACAUAUUUUUAAACUUAUGAACAUCCAACAACAACUAAUGAAAACAAGCCUCAAGCAGAUGGACAAUCUUACGCCCUCAAUGGUGACAGCACAAGGUCCUUGCAGCCCGCCCAGUGCCCCAGACCCAGAUGGCCAGGGCCUUCACUGUGCGUCAGAGCCCGUGGACCGCCAGCAGCCUUCCCCUCCUCCUGAGGAGCCUGGAAGCACUCAGCGCUGCCCAGGGAGCCCAGUGGGGCAGAUGGAAAGUUCCCAUGGCUUCCCAAGUGCUGUCCAAGGAGAGAACACGGACUUUCCCUGUAGGAAGGAAAGCCAAGGCGUGGAAAGUAAAGUGGAAGAGGCGGAGCCAGCAGCUGCUGUGGACUUUGCUCUCGGGUCUGAUGGAGACCGCUGCCUUCAGAGCCUGCCUGACUGUGGAGCAAAGAGUGUGGAAGGCCUUUUGCCCUGUGGAGACAGAAAUGAAGAUACUGGAGCAAAAUCUUCCAGAAGGGCUUCAGACCAGGAAGCUCUGAGCAGCGGAGACAGCGUACAGCAGGGAGACCUGGCCCCAGAGCCAGGCCUAGCCCAGCAUUUCUCUGGAGGUGAACCAGCUGGCAGUUCAACCCUGGGUGCCAGUACCCCGGCCACCACGGAGGAAGGGCAGCAUGGUCCCAUGAACCCAGAUGCCCCCGCCCAGAAGACUGUACUCCGACGAGGGGGAAGUACAGAGGAAAGACGCGCGCGCACUCAUCCCAGCACAGCUGGAGCCUCUGACGGUCAAGUCACGAGUACGCCUGUGGACCAUACCACUAAGCCACGUGUUCCAAAGUGUGUGUCUGACGCCAGUCCCUGUCCCCUGGCUGGUAACACACCUGCUGAGUCUUCACUUGCAUUCAGUAGUGGAGAGAACUCCCUUCAAACAGUGGAAACCGAAUGUUCAAGGGAAAGUUGUGAGGAGAGCUCUGAUGCCCCAGGAGAUGAGGGCUCUCUGGACAUUCCAGCUGCUGCAAAAGACAGGAGUGCAGAUGGGUUAGAACCUGACACUGCCUUAGCAAGCAGCGGUGAGGCAAUGUCACCCUCAGAUCUGACACCUGUGGGCAAAGAAAAAGAUGUCACACCAACCCAGAAAUUAGAAAUGGAUUCAUCUCACAGGCCAAGCCAAAACAGCACGUCACCCACCUCUGCAACUGGAGAUGAUCAACUUGGCCCUGACUCUGUGUGUCAGCUGAACACAGUGCCUCCUAGUGGUGAGCUGGGUGCAGAGCACUGUGAUGACGUGGUUAGCCAGCCUGAGGGCACCACAGCAGGGCAGCUCAACCUAGAGGAUCCGCCCACUGUCCAGUCCUGUGAAGACCCCCAGGCUAACGCAGUCGCCCCUGACCCUGUAAGAGAUACCCAGGCACAUGUGAGUUUGUGUCCACUCAACAUAUUAGAUAAAGAAGUCCAAGGAAAAGAUCUGGAACUAAAUAGACCUUCUGCUGAUAAGCUUGAGGGGAGUUCGUUAGUUGUCCCUAACACAGAGAAAGAACUGGUGCCGGACCAGGCUGUAACAGCAGGCAGCAUUUUCUCUUUAGCAGGCAGUCCUGGCAGUGAAUCAGUAACCAAAGAUGACGUACCCUCUCUUGACCCCUCCCAGAAAGAAAAGGGAACAGCAACUCCUGAACACACGGCUCCAGAUUGUAGAGACAGCCCAGACGGAGAUUCAGAUGCUCCCCGUGAGCCUCCUCUAGAAGACAGGGCAGCAGGCCUGACCCCAUGCUCCACUGGCCCGGAGCUUCAGCCCAGCAUGGGGAAUGCCAGCCCUGCAGGACUUGGGGAGCACGAGGGUCCCAGCCUCUCAGCUACCUCUGAAGGUCUGAACAGCACGGAGGGCACCGGCUGUCCUCAGCUCAGUGCGGAUGAGGCCAGUUUGACCUCUGAUUCGGUUUCGACUGAGGAAGGAAAACAUCUGGUGGUUCCAGAAAGCUCUGCAGCUCAGGGACACGGUGAUGAGCAUAAGGCAGUGACUUGUUUGUCCACGAGAGAAGAAACCCUUUCUUCAGGGGCGUUGCAGGAAGAACAGAGGACACCACCUCCCGGGCAGGAGACACCAGGAUUCUGUGAAGAACCUCUCUCAGCCACCCAUGCCGAGGACAGAGUGCUUCAACUCAGUACUUCACUGGGCACACCCGCGGCCUAUGUCAAGGCAGAAACUAAACAUAACAAGGAAGUGGCCCCACAAGUCUCCCUGCUGACUGAAGGUGGGGCUGCACAGAGCCUGGUGCCACGGGGUGCAAGUCUGGGAGCAGACUCGAAGCAGGAAGCCCCGGGUGCGGGACAGAACAGCCCGCCUAUCUUGCCAGCUGGGUCGGAGGCUUUAGAUUGCAGUCGACCUCUUGCUGCGGACAUUGGAGUGAAGAACACUCAACCCCAGGGAAAAUGCAAAGCCUGCGAGGCAAGCGGAAAAGUAACUGUGGAUGUCGCAGGAGUUAACGCUCUACCAGGUACUGCGGGGGCCAGAAGAAAUGACUCGUCACCUAACACCCAAGACGCCCCGAUUCCAAAUGUCAUGUUGAGCCAGGAGACGGAUAUGAACCUGGGUUUGCCAGGAGAUUCACCCCUCAAAGGUAUGACUGACCUGCAGGGAGCUGCCGCCCCGGCUGUGGUGCCUCUUGAUGGCAAGGAAGGGACGCUGGGAGGAGGGGACCCCAGCCACAUAGAGGGCGACUCCAAGGAGGCACCCGUGGAUGAUGAGACAUGUCUGCUCCUGCCGCAGCCCAGUGCCGAGGAGCUUCCCACAGAGGCAGGACUGCCGGCCCGUGAUGACGAGGCCCCAGCUGGCACGAAGGAAGUCGGGCGAGGCUUGGCCCCAGGGAAGGAAAAGAGCGCCCCCUCUAUACCUUGCAGGGGUUCUGCCCUAGCCGCACAUCUGCCUCAGGGAGCGGACUCCAUAGAGGAGGCUGCCAGCCGCAUCGUGGAUGCUGUCAUCGAACGAGUCAAGGCCUCAGGAGCCCUGAUGACCGCGGGGGAAGUCGGUCACAUGUCCCUGCCCAGGCCUGAGUCAGGCCCUCUGACUGAGCAGCUGGAGGGUGCAUCUACAGAGAAAAUGAACGCUUUCCCACCUGGGGAGACCCCGCAGGUGGGCAGUCUUCUGGAAGAAGCCACAGGGAACCUUGCAGGAUGUUUUGCUGGGAAGGAGGAGCCAGAGAAGACUGUUCCAGAGCCUGAGGCAGCAACAGAAAUGCCGAACUCGAAAGCUGAAGACGAAGUGGAUUUUCUGGGUAAUACCAGGGCUAGUUCGAUUUCUGAAGAAGUGGCUGUGGGCAAUGGCGCUGCUACACCCAAGAUGCAGGAAGGGACGAGGUCCCAGGCGAUAAACCGAGAGAGCUGGUGUACCAUUGAGCCAUGCCCUGAUGCAGCGUCUCUUUUACCUUCCAAGCAGAGCCCAGAAUGUGAGAACUUUCUGGAUGUUGGACUCGACAGAGAUUGUGCCUCAAAAGAAGGCAUCCUGAAAAGAGCGUCUGGGAGUGAUUCUGACCUCUUCCACUCGCCCAGUGAUGAGAUGGACAGCCUCGUCUUCUCAAAGCCUGAGGAAGAGCAGUCGGUCUGCGAUAUCACCGGAUCCAGUUCUUCCACUGAUGACGCAGCGUCCCUGGAUCGACAUUCUUCUCAUGGCAGUGAUGUGUCCCUCCCCCAGAUUUCCAAGCUGAACAGGUCCAGAGAUCAGCAAAGCCUCGAUGGCUUCUACAGACCUGGGCUGGGAGCCGAGGGCCGAGAAAGUGAGAGUGAGCCUCCAGGCGCAGGUGAAAUGGAAGAGGAGGAGAUGGACAGCAUCACCGAAGUGCCUGCAAACUGCUCUGUCCUGAGGAGCUCUAUGCGGUCACUGUCCCCUUUCCGAAGGCACAGCUGGGGUCCUGGGAAGAAUGCCGCCAGCGAUGCGGAGAUGAACCACCGGAGUAUGAGCUGGUGUCCCUCUGGUGUGCAGUACCCUGCUGCCCGGAGUGCUGACUUUAAUUACCGAAGUUACAGUCUAGAAGGUCUGACAGGAGGAGAUGGUGUCGGGAACAAGGCAUCCUCAUCCCUAGGAGUCAGUCCUGCCAACACCAAAGAGCUCAGGCACCCUUUCAGUGGUGAGGAACGAGGGGACUCUUUGAUGUCACUCUCAGAAGAGGAUCUGGAAUCAGGCCAGCGAGAACAUAGGAUGUUUGAUCAGCAGACAUGUCACAGAUCUAAGCAACAGGGAUUUAAUUAUUGUACAUCAGCCAUUUCUUCUCCAUUGACCAAAUCCAUCUCAUUAAUGACAAUCAGCCAUCCUGCACUGGACCAUGCGCGGCCCUUCCACACCACCAGUGCUAAUCUGACCGAGAGUAUAACAGAAGAAAACUAUAAAUUCCUGCCAACAAGCCCCUCCAAGAAAGACUCCGAGGGGAAGAGUGGAACGAAAGUCAGCCGCACGUUCAGCUACAUCAAGAAUAAAAUGUCCAGCAGCAAGAAGAGCAGAGAAAAGGAAAAAGAGAAAGAGAAAAUUAAGGAGAAGGAAAAAGAUUCUAAAGAGAAGGAGAAAGACAAGAAGCUUGUCAACGGACAUGCUUUCAGCUCCAUUCCUGUGGUGGGUCCCAUCAACUGUAGCCAGUGUAUGAAGCCCUUCACCAACAAAGACGCCUACACGUGUGCAAAUUGCAGUGCGUUUGUCCACAAAGGCUGCAGAGAGAGUCUGGCCUCCUGUGCCAAGGUCAAAAUGAAGCAGCCCAAAGGGAGCCUCCAGGCGCAUGAUACCUCAUCCCUGCCCACAGUCAUCAUGAGAAACAAACCCUCACAGCCCAAGGAGCGCCCUCGAUCUGCAGUCCUCCUGGCUGAUGAAACCAUUGCCACCCCGAUGUUUGCUAAUAGACGGUCUCAGCAGAGUGUCUCGCUGUCCAAAAGUGUCUCCAUACAGAACAUUACUGGGGUUGGCAAUGAUGAGAACAUGUCAAACACGUGGAAAUUCCUGUCUCAUUCAACAGACUCACUGAAUAAAAUCAGCAAGGUUAAUGAAUCAACGGAAUCACUGACUGAUGAGGGAGUAGGUACAGAUAUGAACGAAGGACAGCUGAUGGGAGACUUUGAGGUCGAUUCUAAGCAGCUGGAAGCAGAGUCCUGGAGCCGGAUAGUGGACAGCAAGUUCCUGAAGCAGCAGAAGAAGGAUGUUGUUAAGCGGCAGGAAGUGAUUUACGAGCUGAUGCAGACGGAGUUCCAUCACAUCCGCACGCUCAAGAUCAUGAGUGACGUGUACAGCCGGGGCAUGAUGACGGAUCUGCUCUUUGAGCAGCAGAUGGUGGAAAAGCUCUUCCCCUGUUUGGAUGAGCUGAUCAGUAUCCAUAGCCAGUUCUUCCAGAGAAUCCUGGAGCGGAAGAAGGAGUCUCUGGUGGACAAAAGUGAAAAGAACUUCCUCAUCAAACGGAUAGGGGAUGUGCUUGUGAAUCAGUUUUCGGGUGAGAAUGCAGAGCGCUUAAAGAAGACAUACGGCAAGUUCUGUGGGCAGCACAACCAGUCCGUGAACUACUUCAAAGACCUUCAUACGAAGGAUAAGCGUUUCCAGGCCUUCGUAAAGAAGAAGAUGAGCAGUUCAGUCGUGAGGAGGCUCGGAAUCCCAGAGUGCAUAUUGCUCGUAACUCAGCGGAUCACGAAGUACCCGGUCUUAUUCCAAAGAAUCUUGCAGUGUACCAAAGACCACGAAGUGGAGCAGGAAGAUCUCACUCUGUCCUUGAGCCUGGUAAAGGACGUGAUUGGAGCUGUAGACAGCACGGUGGCAAGUUACGAGAAGAAGGUCCGUCUCACCGAGAUUUACACGAAGACAGACAGCAAGUCGAUCAUGAGGAUGAAGAGCGGCCAGAUGUUUGCCAAGGAGGACCUGAAGCGGAAGAAGCUCGUGCGGGAUGGGAGUGUGUUUCUGAAGAGCACAACCGGGAGAUUGAAAGAGGUUCUAGCAGUUCUGCUCGCGGACAUUUUAGUCUUCCUUCAAGAAAAAGAUCAGAAGUACGUCUUUGCGUCAUUGGACCAGAAAUCAACAGUAAUCUCUUUAAAGAAGCUCAUCGUCAGAGAAGUGGCUCAUGAAGAGAAAGGUUUAUUCCUGAUCAGUAUGGGUGUGAAAGACCCAGAGAUGGUGGAAGUCCACGCCAGCUCCAAAGAGGAACGCAACAGCUGGAUUCAGAUCAUUCAGGAUACAAUCAACACCCUGAACAGAGAUGAAGAUGAAGGAAUUCCUAGUGAGAAUGAGGAAGAGAAGAAAAUGUUAGACAUCAAAGCCCGAGAAUUAAAAGAACAGCUCCAGCAGAAGGACCAGCAGAUCCUGCUCUUACUGGAAGAGAAGGAGAUGAUCUUCCGCGAUAUGACUGAGUGCAGCACUCCCUUGACGGAGGAUUGCUCCCCGGCGCACAGCCCGAGAGUCCUCUUCCGCUCCAACACAGAAGAGGCUCUCAAAGGAGGACCGUUAAUGAAAAGUGCAAUAAAUGAGGUGGAGCUCCUUCAGGGUUUAGUGAGCGGGAGCCUGGGCGGCACCCUCGGGCAGGCUGUCUGCAGCCCCGUUGAGCAAGAAGGCUUGGUCGGCCCUGUUUCCUUGCCCCGGAGAGCCGAGACCUUUGGAGGCUUUGACAGCCAUCAGAUGAAUGCUUCAAAAGGAGGCGAGAAGGAAGAGGGAGACGACGGCCAAGAUCUCAGGAGAACAGAGUCAGAGAGCGGUCUGAAAAAGGGUGGAAAUGGCAACCUGGUGUUUAUGCUUAAGAGAAACAGUGAGCAGGUGGUCCAGAGCAUCGUCCACCUCCACGAGCUCCUCAGCACCCUGCAGGGUGUGGUGUUGCAGCAAGACAGCUACAUCGAGGACCAGAAGCUGGUGCUGAGCGAGAGGGCGCUGACCCGGAGCUCGUCGCGCCCCAGCUCCCUGAUCGAGCAGGAGAAGCAGCGCAGCCUGGAGAAGCAGCGCCAGGACCUGGCCAACCUGCAGCGGCAGCAGGCGCAGCACCAGGAGGAGAAGCGCCGGCGCGAGCGCGAGUGGGAGGCCCGCGAGCGGGAACUGCGGGAACGCGAGGCCCGCCUGGCCCAGCGUGAGGAGCAGCUGCAGCUCGGGCAGCAGGACCUGGACCGUGAACGGGAGGAGCUGCAGCAGAAGAAGGGCGCCUACCAGCAUGACCUGGAGCGGCUGCGUGCCGCCCAGAGACAGCUGGAGAGGGAGCAGGAGCAGCUGCGCCGGGACACUGAGCGGCUCAGCCCAGGGCAGCCGGGCCGGGACCUGUGCCGUGUCUCACCUCAGCACGCCCGGCUCAUGAGGAUCCCAUCCUUCCUGCCCAAUCCUGAGGAGUCCCCCUUGCCAUCUGCUCCUUCAGUAGCCAAAUCCGGGCCACCGGACUCAGAACUCUCAGUGACCCCAAAAAGGAACAGCAUCUCACGGACACACAAAGACAAGGGGCCUUUUCACAUACUGAGUUCAACCAGCCAGACAAACAAAGGCCUCGAGGGGCCCCCCGUGCCCGCCCCCACCUCCACCUCCACCCGCCUGUUUGGGCUGGCAAAGCCAAAGGAGAAGAAGGAGAAGGAGAAGAAGAAGAAGAGCAAAGGGAGCCGCCCUCAGACCGGCGAUGGUCCUGCCUCAGAAGUCUCGGCAGAGGGCGAAGAGAUCUUCUGCUGACCCCAUACCUGUCCCCCGAGGCCACAGCCUCUGGGCCCCAGCUGCUUCCUGCUGCCCUGCGUGCACGGUCUCCCACGCUGGGCGCCCAGUGCUCUCCGUGUCCAGCCCUCCAGGAAGGAACAGAUUGGCUCGAGUGUCCGGACGGGAACGGGGGCCCAGGCCCAGCCGCAGCCCUGACUUGUGACUGCCGAGACCUCCCGGCGGGGGCUGGCCCUCCUCAGGUGUUACAGCGAAAGGGGUGGCCCCAGAGUACAGGCGACAGUUGGGACGUGUCAAGUAUUCUAACGGCUUGAAGGAGUGUUUCCCAAUGAGAUCUGACACUCUGCCUGCCUUUUCUUUUGAGGGAGCACAACCAGCAUCCAGCUGCAGGUAGUCAGGCCUUCUGUGCCUACACAGUGACGUGUCUGCGUGUCCACAGGCAGGACGGCAUCCGGGCCCCUGGCUGGGCACAGGAGGGUGUGCCAGGAUGGACCAGGCAGCACGGAUGGAUACCCAGAACCUCCCAGCCGUCACCAAUGCCCAGGUUCCCGUUACACCCACCCCGUGAACACGUCACCCCUUCCUCGCGUGUUUCUCAUGUCAUUCUAGGAGGGAUGACAGAUGCACACAAAACCAGUGACAGGCUUGGUGUGUGUAAGAAGCAUUAGGGUCUGUUUCCCCCUUGUGCUCGCAGGUCUUCCCGGACCCCGAUGAAGUAGACUUCUUUUGUCAUUAUCCCUGCAGUGUGACACUUUUUGGUUGUCACCAGCUAUUCAGAAGUGGCCAGGACCUCCUGGCAAUAUUCCAAGCCCUUGAGAUGGCGCCCCUGAGGCAGCUGGCGCUGCCUGGCCCUCCGGGGACAGCACACCCCUAGGUGUUGCACACCUCCAGGGCACCGGCUCCUCCCUCAGCUGUGCGUGCCAGCCUCCUGCCCAGGACCAGGCAGGCACUGUGACCUGAGGCAGGCUCGUCCCCACCGCACACUAGGGUGGCCAGCUGCUGAGGGGGUCCAGGAGGAGGUUUAGCCAAUGCACAGAGGUUUGCACCAAUGCAGACCAGGGAGGCCCAGGCCCAGUACGGGUGGCUGGGAGCAUUCACCCUGUCAGGAGGCUUUGGCAAAAUUUGAUUUCUAAGGAAAAAAAAAAGUUUCACACCUCAAGGUCUGUUGAUUAAUUCUAAUUGCCCCUUAAAGAUGUCUUUGUGCUGCCUAUUUUUUCUUUUCCUUUGUCCUCCACGUGUGGUGAGACUGUUUACCAGCCGCCCGGGGUAGGCAGUUGGUUGGUAGCGUUUCUCCCCCCGCCCCCCGAAGCCCCGUUUCCCCACUGCACUCGGCCCUGCCCUUGAAGAGAGACCCCAGACAGUUCCGUGCUUCACAUGUGGCCUUCGGUUUCUGCUUGUGCCCCUUAGGAAAAUGGGGAUUUGAGCAUACUUUUUUUUU